GAAACAAACGAUUCACAAAGAAUCCGAAGCUUCACGAAGCAGUGUUUUGACAGUGACUAUCACUAUUUCGAGACGAAGAUUAUUUCAACUUGUGUUGUUCCUAAACGUCGUUCAUAAUCCGUACAAAAACACUUUUUUUGUAGUUGACGGAAUUCAAACAGUCGUUGCUAGUCUGUCGUAGCGAACGAGGGGCUUUCUGCCAUAAACGGGGAGAGGUUCUUACUGUGUUGAACUUUAACACGGUUUCUCUUCAAGUGCACGAGUGUGACAGCGACGCCAAGGAUGGCCAGUUCAAGAAAAAUGGUCGAGUUUUUCUAUGAUAUUGUUUCUCCGUAUUCCUGGAUGGCAUUUGAAGUGCUGUGUCGCUAUAAAAAUGUUUGGAACAUCGACCUUAAAUUUAAACCAGCAUAUUUAGGGGGAGUCAUGCACGGCUCAGGCAAUCGGCCCCCUGGAAUGGUCCCAAAUAAGUUUCAUUACAUGACCAAAGAUCUGGAGCGGGUGUCUGGCUAUUUUGGUGUUCCUUUGUAUCCACCUUCAGACGUUUUUGAGGCAAUGUUUGAGAAAGGCACUUUGAAUGCCAUGCGUUUUGUGACAGCUGUAGCAGAGAAGGAAAAAGAGGGAGACGUGCUGGUGGAAAGGGUAUCUAGAGAGCUCUGGAAAAGAAUCUGGAGUACUGAUCAGGAUGUUACCCAGCCUGCCUCCCUCACUGAGGCAGGAUUAAAAGCAGGUCUCUCGGCCAGUGAGUUGGAGGAAAUUCUGACCCUCUCCAAAUCUCAGCCAAUCAAAGACAAGCUGAAGAGUGUCACACAAGAAGCGCUGGACUAUCAAUGCUUUGGUUUUCCUUUCACCGUGUGCCAUGUGAACGGGAAGGCUGAGCUCUUCUUUGGUUCUGACAGAUUUGAGCUCAUGGCUCAUUGCAUCGGGGAGAAGUGGGUGGGGCCUCACCCUGACAAACCCACAUCCAAAAUGUGAUCACUGCUCUCCUAUCCACCUUUUUCCUGACGUAAAAAUGGGUGCCGCCAUUUGUAAAUUCUUUGGGUAAAGCUUCUGGUCACAAAACAGUUCGUUUUACUGCUUGAUAUUGACAAUUGAUGUGUCCUAUCAUAUUAUUUUAAUCUGUUAUCUUAAUUAAGAACACUGGUUUGUACUGCAAACAGUUUUACCGUUUACUGCACGUUGUUAUUCUCCUCGUUAUUUACCUGUAGCGGCUAAUGAAACGGAAGUCUCACCCAUAGGCAUACUUCCGCAUUGAGGAAAAAGGUGGAUACUUUUAAAUAAAAUAUAAACAUACUGAAUUCAAAAGAGAGGAAAAACAAGCUGUGGAGACAGAAAUAAUAAGAUAUAUGUCUAUAUACUCUACUGUUCAAAAGUUUCUUCUGCUCACCGAGGCUGCAUUAAUUAAAUAAAAAAUACUUUAAAAACUUUAA